AUGGUAAAUGGAAAUUAUGUGUUGUACGGGGACAGGCCAUCCUCAGAUUCAGAAAUCGUGGAUGAUCACGUCCAGACACGUACCGCUGAAAGGAAACCAAAGAGAAAAGCGAGAUCAAACAAUGAACGUCAGCAUUCCCGAAAUAUGACGGAGCUGGAUAAUGAGACAGAUGCUGUUAAAUUUGAGAAAAAAAUAAAAGAACCGAGGCUUUUACGGUAUGUUCCAACAACUGAAGUUGAGGAACAUUUUGUUACUGAAAAAUUUGAGACUUUUGAUUUAAAACCUCCCGAUGAACCAGUAAAACGACACGCUUUCACUAAAAAGCCUAAAAAUCCCACUGAUGGGUCGAUAAAUUAUGCAUAUUCGCGUUCGAGUAGCAGCUGUAGCUCUCCCAACUUGCCAACAAUAUCGGAACAUGUAGAGCAGUACGGAACUUAUCGAGUGCGGUCACCGCAUUCACCACCUCCCGAUAAUUUAAUUAAUGGAUAUGAUACGAAACUCGACAAAUAUUUCUCUAAGCCAAGGGAAGUGAAAGCCUUCACUGCCAAGGUAGGAUAUAACGGCUCACAUCCAGACAGCCUCUACCGGGUCAGUGGCAGCAGCGCCGGCGGUGCGGACAAAACAGUUAGAGCGUUGCGUUUGCUGCGAUGGCCGCUCGCCCUCGUCACUGUGUGCGUCGCGCUUGCAGCAUUCGUCUAUUUCCUUAUGCCUGUAAACUUGGAUACUGAGAUAGAUAUUGUGAAUGCAACAUACUGGGAAGAGAGUACAUCAGAGGCGCAGUCAUAUAGCAAUCAUAAUAAGCUUCAACAAGUCAAUCCGACUAAAUCAUCAGCAACAGAAAAAUCUCGCCGCCCUGGUACAAAAACACCAGAAAUAGAUUUUUACGACUCUGAUAGUAAAAACUACGACAUAACUUCCAUAGUUGAUAUUGUAACGGAAAUAAGUAAAAAACAAAAGCUACCUAUACCUCCUGUAUUUCCCACCCAUAUAUCCCCUGAGGUUCAAUAUGGAAAUGAAAAAGCGGAUUCAGAAAAAUCUCGUUCUCCUAAAUUACUAAAAGUCACUACAACAAUCCCUAGUGACUCUACAUUAAAACCUCAUAUAACACAAAAACCUGAAAAACCAUUGGCUAUAUAUUUUAAAGAAGGCAGCGGAAUUACAACUACUAGUACAGAAGCACCAAUAACAGAAAGUAUUACACAUGCAGAAACAUCGAAUGACAUAAUUCAUUUUAUAAAGCAGCAAGUAAACAAAAAUAUUCUUGAAUAUCCGAAACCAUCUCAAAAUUUACAACAAUUCGAGGCGCCAAAUAGGAAGCAAAAGUUUGGAAAAGAAUCAGAAGUUCCACCAGAAAUACAAGAAUAUUACGCCAGGCCCAUCGCUAGCGAGAAUGUUAAGUUUACAUCAGGUCAUUCAAUGCUUUUUGGUAUUUCUAUAGAAGAUGCAGCGAAUAUGAGAUCAACAACUCAAAAUUCUCUAUACAAUACACGAGUGUCACCGACCUUGCCGACAUGGCGAGAUCGGGAUGAGGCAACCACUAAAAAGUACCCUGUUAAUAGUAAUUUAGAUGUAUCUCAGUGCCGCUCUACACGGCUCUCUUUAUGCCGUGGCGUCUUGCCUUACGACUUAGCAGGAGCUCCAGCGACAAUCGGUGACGUCGAUAUCACAACAUUGCUUCCCCAAAUAGAGUACCUUGUCAGUACGAACUGCAGUCAAAGAAUGAGACAUUUUGCUUGCGCCCUCUUAGAACCCGAGUGUUCUCCUCCUCCAUACUCAGCGAGGUUGCCUUGCUACAACUUUUGCAAAGCUAUCAUGGACAGCUGCGAAGGUAUGAUACCCGCAGAGUUGCAAGCUAUGUUCAGAUGCAACCAGUACUCCAGUAGCAACUGCGCCAACGCGCGCGGCCCUUGCUUCUCUCGGGAGCUGGCGUGUGGGGACGGCUCUUGUGUCCCCCGGGAUUGGGUCUGCGACGGUACCCGGGAUUGUCCGGCUGGUGAAGACGAAGCACCUUGUGCUAGCUGUGAGGACAAUGAAUAUAGGUGUAAUUCUGGCUUGUGCAUUACGAAGCGCUGGCUUUGCGAUGGAUAUUCUGAUUGUCCUGAUGGUGACGACGAACAUCAGGACCUUUGUCAAAGGACUAACUUUAGAGGAGCCAUCACAGAUGAAGCAGAAGUUGGGGAGCCUGGAGAAGAACUAGCAGGAUCUGCGCCUGAGCCUUCGGUUCGCAAGCCUAAUAGAAUACCGACACGAGAUAGAAGUCAAGGCAUACGUAAUGGUGAAAAUGAUAGCAGUAAAGAACUAUUGAUGACAAGUGACAGCAAUAAUGCAUUUAGGCGUAACUUCACACGGCGUCCACCAUUAUCACGCUUGACACCGUACAAACGACCCUUACCAUUAGAGAACACACCACAGCCUGAAACAGAGGAAGAAAAAGAGAAAACACCAAGUCCCGCGAAAAAAAAUACUCCUGGAAACAAAAACACUACUAAUUCAAGAAUAAAAAAUGAAAAUAACGGCCAAAAACAUGAAAUUAAAGAAGAUUCUGCUGAAGAUAUUAGUACAGAUGAUAUAGGACUUUUCGAUGAUAUCAAGAAAGAGAAAACUGAUAAUAAAGAAAACGUUGCUCAAAAACCAAAACAACUAAGAACAAUAAUUAGAAAAAUACCUGAAAUUGUACCUAGUAGUGAAGCAACACGCUUAGAGAAGUCUAUAAAUAAAUUUGAAAGAGUCAUAGACGGAGCCGCUAUGCUAAGGAGCGCAACACGUGAACAAUCACCAUACAACUCAGAAGAGAACACAAACGGCACAAACACUGAGGACUCGUACGCGUACAGCGCGCACGCGUCGCCAUGUCCCAGUAACGAGCUGCGCUGCGUAGACGGGCGCUGCAUCACGUUGGCGCAGUUGUGUGAUGGGACCAUAGACUGUACUGAUCAUGCUGAUGAGGAUAACUGCUACACG